UGUGUCAGAAAAUUCUACUCAAUACUAAGAAUCAAUUCGUAAACAUGAUAAUAUCUAUUUAGUAGAUACUGGUAACAGAUGUAUUCAUUGAAACAUUUUUUAAACGUUGGAAUAUAAAAUAAAAGAUAUCGAUGAUUAGUCGUCAUUAAUGUUGAAGUAUGGUGUCUAGUGCAAUAAAACAGCUGUACGACUUUGUUGUUGCCGUUAUUCAAUUAAGGGAAGAUAUUACAAGUUGUUAUUAUUAUACAAAAGCUACAGUAUUGUUUUCAGCGCUGCUUAGUCUUGCCUGCGGUUUAUAUAUUAGAUUCGGUACUUCAAAUGAGGAAUUAGAGCUGACAGCUUUAUCUUCCCCAGCUAACAUCUUUAUCUCAACUGGAAUCUGUGUGUUAUUGGCUUCGUUGGUCAACAGAAUACUCUACAAAUCUCAAGUAGCCUUCAUCAUAUGGAAUAUUUUGUAUUUUUGUGCGGGGAUCAUUGGAGAAUCACUUUCAGCAGUAAGAGCCUUACAGAACACCUCACUUGAGCAAAAUGCAAAACAUUCACACAAUACCAGAUGGUUCUUAAAUCUGAUAAUCUUUACUGGAUUUAGUUUGACUUUUAUACAGAUAUUUGCAUUGGCUGCUUCCAUGACUUGGGUUAUACUCAAUGUGGAAAGGAAAAAGAACUGAUACAUUUAUGUUUCUUCCACGGGCCAGUAAACAAUGGUAUCAUUAUACAAUGUAACACAGUUUAAGUUAACGGACGAAUCAAUACUUUUAAACAACUUGUGAAAUGGUCAUAAAUUGUUAUGUGUAUUUGUUAACGGAAUAAAUGAAAAUUAGUCUGAC